AUGGGGUCUGUAAGCAUCAUCUCCUCUAACACCUCCAGCUCCUCCCCAAGUGAGGAACUGGAGUUGAGAACAGGAGCAGUGGUGAUUGAUACAGGCACAAGGAGCUGUAAAGCAGGGUUUUCUGGACAGCAGACAUCCAUAGCCAAAAUCAACACCCUGGUGGGCUGCCCCACAGUCUGGCCCCCAGGGUGAGGAGAAGACAGGUCUGAAGCUUUCAUUGGAGAGGAAGCCUUGCUUUACCCUGACACUGAAAUUGAGCCAAUGCAGAACUGCAUCAUCAUCAGUUGGGAAGUGGCUGAAACCCUGUGGCAGCAUCUGUUUGACCAUAAGCUUCAGGUCCCCCCCAAGGAGUAUGCACUGCUCAUCACUGAGCCCCUGCUCAGCUGCACCACCCACCAAGAGAAGAUGGUGGAGGUGGCGUUCAAUUCCCUGGGCUCCCCUGGCCUCUUUGUUGCCCACCAGCCUGUCCUUUCCACCUACGCCCAUAGCGGAACCAGCAGUCUGGUGGUGGAGGUGGGCUACGCUGUCAGCCAUGCCAUGCCAGUCCACGAGGGCUACAGCUCAGCCCAUGCCACCGAGAGGAUGGACCUGGCGGGGUCAUGCCUCUCCUAGUACCUGAUGACACUUUUGGGGGACAUGCUUAGUAACAAGAUGGCCCAUAUAAUGGAAGACAUCAAGCACAAAUGCUGCUACAUUGCUUCCAACUUUGAGAGCAAGUGCCAGCUCCUGCCAGUCAGCUGCGCCCUGGACUUUCCCCUGCGUGGCCAGACCAUCAGCCUCAGCAAGGAGAGGUGUCAAUUCCCAGAAGCGCUCUUCAACCCUCUGCCAAAGUGGGGUAUUUCCUAUGCGGGCAUCCAUGAGAUUGCCCGAAGAAGCCUCAACCAACUUCCAGAAGAAAUCAGGUCAACAAUGUACAAAAGCAUCCUCUUGUGCAGAGGGUCCUCUCUCUUUGAGGGGCUAGAGAGGAGGUUUUGCAGCAAGCUCCUCUGAAGUCUGCCCCCCAAUGCCAAGGUCAGGGUGGCCACCAUGCCACUGUGGAGGUACUCAGCAUGGACAGGGGCAUCCAUCCUCACCUCCCUCAAGAACUUCCAGACAUGGUGGAUCCAAAGGGACGAGUAUGAUGGGGGGCCACGCAUCAUCCACCAGAGAUGCUACUGA